AUGGACGGUUGCCAAUUCUCUCUGCUCCUGUUGCUGAUCGUCAACGUCGAUCUUCUGCAAGGACAAGUGGUGGAAAACUGCGCAAACGUCUACUCAGUCAAUGGAAACAACGUCACGAAGCCUGCGUGCAAGGAAGGAGAGAUUUGUAUCGAACUGGGCGUGAAGAACUUCACUGUUUACGUGGAGGAUUAUAGUGUAAGUUGAAUGGGGAUGGGGAGUCUACCCGGGAUGCAAAGUACGUCGAAUAUGCACUGUGCAUCUUCGGGCAGACGCAUCUGUCGCUGCCAAUUUGCGGAAGUUUUUUUCCGUUUUUCCAAUGCUCUUAGGUUUAUCAACCCUAUUUUCAGGACUAUUCCAACAACUUCGAUUACAUGAGCCUUGUAUCGCGUGAGUUGUGUGUUGCAUGUCAGUUUAUGUACAAAUUCACUUUUAGGAUACGAAGGUGGAGAAUUCUACCAUUUCAAUAACGUGACUCGGAAGCUGGGGACACGCCCGUAAGAGUUUGUCCACUUGUUUGUUUAGAUCUUGCCGUUAAGCUAGAUGAAAAUGGAAAAUUUUAGGAACGCACCACCUAUCAGUUGGUUUUCCCGCCAUCAGAUCCCGUCCGACCAUGAUCCGCAGUUCUACGCACAGCUGUUCUCGCGGAGCGUCGAGAUUGUCACAAUGGGGCUGUAAGUCUGAAAAAACAAGUGCUUGACGACCCGCGUUGCUGGGUCCAACUCAGAUCAUUACUGAUAUCCACAAUUUUUCAGCAAACCAAUCGACAAAGAAGGGAAUAAAGACGUUUUUCGCCUCCAAACGAUGCUGGAUUCCGAGUUGUCCGUUGACCAAGUACAGCGCGCCUUUGUCUACAAGGAGUACCUGUUCCUCAGUCCGGAGAAAGCCAUCGACUUUCGAAUUCUCUACGAGAAGAAGGGACCCUAUUCCGGCGAUGUAGACAGACCAGGACUACUUACGGAGCACAAUGUUGGCCUGAUCGACGUCUCGACCAUCCCCAACGAACACAUUGACAAGGACUUCCUGGAUCUGAUCACAAAUCUAUGCUUUGUAAGUUUGGGAAAGGUUAUACGAAGGUUUUUUGAGUAUUUUCGUAAAGCUCAUGGACUUUCUUUCGCAAACUGAUCCGUGGUGAAGAUUUUUGGGGUUUUUUUUUUGGAAAAAACUUGGUUUAGGGGUCUUCGGGGCUACCCUUCAUUUGAGCCAGCUUUCAUUUGGAAUCGGGUAUGUUUACUAUAAGCCAUUGGGACGCCAAUACCCGAUCUUCCCCAAAUGAAAGGUGGCUCAAAUGAAGGGUAGCCUCGAAGACCCCUAAACCAAGUUUUUUCAAAUAUCGAUCGAAUUCACACUCACAACAGAAUUUUGCGUGUGGUUUUUCGAUGGAAAAAACAUUUUAUUUCUUUUGUCAAUUGUGACACUUCGUUUGGACGAAACUCAAAAGUGGGCGGGACAUAUUUUUGUUCUAUUUCGGGUUGCCGUGUGCCGCGGCGAUUAAAGGCGGAAAAAAGUCGAUGCAAUUUAUAAAAAUUCUUGCCGGUGCAGCUUGCCUAUAUUUUCGUAUUUUAGAAGCCUGGCAAGUACUGUUCGUUGGAUAUCAAGACGGAAUCCUUGGACCUGCAAGAUUACCCAGUAGCCUUCACCUACGACGACCUAGUUCUUCAGACCUUUUGGUUUCAGUAAGUUCACCUGCUCCGGUUUUUACGCCUACGUUUAGAAGACACUGCGAAAUGCUUCCGAUGUACCGUAUUCGGCACAAGAAGACUGCUCCGAAGUAAGUGGAAUUUUGAGUUGGCUGAGUUGGAAUUUUUAGCGUGAUUUUCGAUUUCCCCAAUGUUGAGAGCAUCGUAACGCAUGGAAGAAAGCUUUCGUGGGAGAAAACUCAAUGGUAGGUGUUUGAGAUUAAUAGAGAAGUGCUGAUAUGUGAGUCGCCCUUUUAAGCUUUUAUUUUUUUAGGAAUGGGGUAUUUAAGUUUGAUUACACCUUACGUGGUAUCCUGCCUAUUGUCCAGCCGUACGAUCCCUUUUACGACUUCGUCAAACAGUUCACAACUCCCGCCCCAACGACCACAACCCGCCCGCCACCAACCACCACCACUCUUAAGCCCGUCCCUGCCGGUCCCGCCCCAAAAUUCCCUGAAAUCCAGGAGGACUCGAUGGAAUUAGAGAACCGCCACGUGAUUGAUCCCUUACUCUCGAAUGUGCCAGCGAUUUCGGGCGUUCCCAUCAUCUAUUACAUGCUUGCUUACAUCGCUUUUCACUUGAAAAGUUAUAAUUUGUAA